AUGCUUGUCGAGGACAUCAUCGACCUCGGCCUCGUCUCGCACUUCCUCGGCGCCGAUCCUGGCGCCGAGGACGUGGUCUCCGCCGCCAGCCACGACGGCGCCUGCACCGCCUUUGCGAGCGGCGAGGUGGUCGUCCUUAUGCGGCGCGAGGCGCCGACCUCGCCGACUCUCCUGCGUGCCCCUGGCGAGCACGCGAGCGCGGUGGUCUGCCUGACCGUGCCUGCCGCCGCCGCCGUCGUGGCCGUGGUCGGCUACCGCAGCGGCGCUCUCGCUGUGUGGUCGAGCGACGGCUCGCGGCUGCUCCGGCUGCACCUGCACAACUCGCCGCUCGUGCAGCUGGCGGCGCAGACGCUCGGCGGCUGCGACGCCGACGGCGGCACGCUGCUCUGCCUCUGGGCGGGCGGCGCGCUGUGCCACGUCUGCGCCGCGACGCUCGGCGAGGCUCUCACGAGCCGACUCGCAAGCGGCGGGGAGGGGCGGGGGGGCAGGGUGGCGACCGAGCGGCUGGCCGCGUGCUUCCGCCUGCUCAGCGUCGGGGAGCGGCCGUCGGGCGGCGGCUGGGUCGGCGUGGCGAGCGGCGGGCAGCUCCCCUCUCCGCCCCUCGAGGUUGACGCCGCGCUCAAGGGCGGCCGCGGCGAGGCGGAGAGAGGGAGGGAGCCGCCCUCGCUCGGGCUCACGCUAACGGACGGCGCCUCUCUGCAACUCCACCUCGUCACCGUCGCCACAGCAGAGGCGCCGCCGCCGGCCGCCGCCGACGCGGACGCCGCCGCUGCCGCCACGAAGGCGACCGCCGGGCGUGUCGCCGCCGUCGGCUCGACCGCGGCGGUCCGCACCUGGUCCGACGGCGGCCGCGUCUUCGAGGCGGUCUGGCCCGACCCGCGCAAGAGGUACGUCGCUGCGAGCGACUCGCUCGGCCGCGUGCUGCUGCUCGAGCGGGCCACGCUGGUGCAGCUCCGCGUGUGGAAGGGGUACCGGUCCGUGCAGUGCGGAUGGCUCGACGCGCUCGCGCCGGGCGGCGGGCUAAGCGCCGUCCUCGCCAUCCACGCGCCGCGCCGUGAGUUGGUAGAGAUGUGGGCUGUGCCGGCGGGCGUCCGGCUGCGCGCGAUCGCGACCGGCCCCGGCUGCCGGCUGCUUGCGCCGGCUCCGCCGCUGGCGCAGGCGGAGGAGGGAGGCGCUCCGCUCCGGUGCUACCUCCUGCAGCCGUCGGGCGCGCUGAGCCGCCUCGAGCCCACCGAGACUUGUGACACUUGA